UCGGGAAGGCUGGGAAACACAAUUUACGCUCCCGUGGUCAAAGCGCGAGCACGCUGAUGUCUUCGCAGCUCAGCCGCAGAUAUUCUUCCUCCAUCAUGAAGCAUCUAAUACAAAGAUAGCAGUUUUUUUUAAACAGAGCAGCCCGUGCACGCUUUUGUUUUAUUCCCCCGCCAUUAUUCCUCCAUCGGAAGCGGCACCGCGGCGGUUGUCAGGCAGGCCGGGCAGGAGCAGCAGAGCAGCCGGGACUCGCCCUCUGCUCGACGGCUGGAGCCGGGCUGCGAUGCGCCGCUGCCGCCGCACGGCAGGCCGGUAUCUCCCGAGACAGGUCCUCGGAUAAGCGUCGAGCCGGUGGGGACUGAGCCGGGAGGGGGGGACGAGGACCCCCACCACACCUUUAAGGAUGGACGUUGACUUGUGUGCUGGCGGGGACGGUACCAGGAGGAAAGUAGAGCUGCCUGGGGUCGCAGAAGGCACGAUGGACGUGGUACCGUUGGAGAUGUACGACUCCGCCAGGGCGAAGAUCGCUGCCAACCUGCGGUGGCUGUUUGCCAAAGCUUACGGCAUCGAUCAUAUCCCAGAGGACUUGAGGGACCCGUUUUACACGGACCAGUACGACCAGGAACACAUCAAGCCUCCCGUCAUCCACCUGCUGCUGUCCUGCGACCUUUACUGCCGCGUGUGCGCCCUCAUCCUCAAGACGGAGCAGGCAGCGUCGCUCCAGUCCCACCUGUCAGUCAUCCAGGCUCUGUCCCGGAAGGGAAUCUACGUGGUGGAGAGUGACGACACCCCCGUCACAGAGGGGGACUUGGCCUGCAUGCCCAUCAAGAUGAGCGCUCACAUGCCCAUGAUCGACGCCCUGAUGAUGGCCUACACGGUGGAGAUGAUCAGCAUCGAGAAGGUGGUGGCGUCUGUCAAGCGCUUCUCCACCUUCAGUGCCUCCAAGGAGCUGCCCUUUGACCUGGAGGACGCCAUGAUCUUCUGGAUUAACAAGGUGAACUUGAAAAUGAGGGAGAUUACAGAAAGGGAGCACAAAGUCAAGCACCACCCUCUGGAGUCGCCGAGCCACCAGAAGGUCCGGUACCGCCGAGAGCACGCUUCAGGUCGCCAGCUUCCCUUUUUCCCGCUGCUGGAAGACCUGAUGAGGGACGUUUGUGAUGGCGCUGCGCUUCUCACCGUGGUCCAUUACUACAGCCCGGAUAUCAUGAAGCUGGAGGAUAUCUGCCUGAAGGAAGUCCCCUCCAUCGCUGACAGCCUGUACAACAUCCAGCUGCUCAGAGAGUUUGCCAGCGAAUACCUGAGUAGAAGCUGCUAUCUGACGACGGAGGACAUGCUCUACUCGCCGCCCGUGCUCAAGCACAACGUGAUGGUGUUCAUCGCUGAACUCUUCUGGUGGUUCGAGACGGUCAAACCAGAGUUUGUCCAUCCCAGAGAUCUUCAAGAGUUUAAAGAUGCUCGAGCCAUGUCUCAUCCCAAGAGUGCCCGUCCAUCAGUGCCCAUCUCAAACGCCACCAAGCGCAGCUUCCUGGUGGAUAACCAGAGCAGCCCCGAAGCCUGCAACAGGUACUUCCUGCACCCCGAAGACUCUGAGCCCCUUAAGGGCGGUCCAACUUUCAGCCCCUCCCACCCACUCUUGCCCCUGAGACAGCGGCAGCAGAGACAGCAAGGAGAGGACAGUGCAGGCCUGAGGACUCGGUCCAACUCCUUGACUCAGAUGGACGGAUCCAGAGGCUCGGUAGUAGCCUGGCCGGACAAGAGGCAAAGGCCGAUCUCAACGCUGAGUCCCUUCAUGCUGCAUUCAGCGGACGGCGACGCAGACUUGGCUUCCGGUGACAGCGUGAGUCUGGCGCGCUCCAUCAGCAAGGACAGCCUGGCCUCCAACAUCAUCAACGUCACCCCCAAACACCAGACGACCGGCCUCCACCCGUCACACGCCGCCAUCCGCAAAGUCAACGGCCACAGUCUGCUGAGCAACGUCAGUAUGGAGGACGAGGGCGAAGCCUCGGCGGUGGUGGCGAGGACUGACGGCUCCGUCGUCCCUAGACGGGUCGAUGGGACACAGGUUGCCGCCGCCGCCCUCGUCGGACCCAAACCUGCACCGGAGGGCUUUUUCUUAGAACCACUAAUGCCUGCCGUGCUCAGACUGGCCAAAGAGAAGUCCGUGUGCCUGAACAAGGAGGAGGAGAGCGGCGAGGGGCCCCGGCCCGGAGAAAAGGCUCCUCCCCACCGAGGAGAGGGAAGUAGAGCAGCCGCUCACAGGAAAGCUGCCCCCCAUCUGAACCAGACGUUUACGUCCUCGGUGGAGGACGAGGGCUCGUUUCAGGAGCCGCUGCGGCACCAGACGACCUCCAGACCCGUCAUCGGCAGCGUCCUGGACUCCUCGUCCAGGGAGCCCGCCGAGGGUUUUUACCUGCACUCGGACGCCGAGGAACCGAAGGAGCAGGGGCUGGACGCCGAGCUGGAGGACCUGGACGAGGAGGACGAGGACCUGGACGAAGCCCUCACCACUAAAGAACCAAACUACCCGAGGAAGGGAUACAUUGAGGAAGACGAGGAGGAGGAGUCGGCCAAGCUGCAGGAGGACAUGAAUGUAAAAGAGCACGAAGACAAAGAUGUGAACGGAGGCAGCGGCUGCUCGAGCCCCUGCCUCAGCACGCACUCCCAGGCCAGCAGCAUGGCCAGCGGCAGCGUGCGCAUGACGUCCUUCGCCGAGCGUAAAGCGCAUCAGCAGCGCUUCGGCAGCAACCACGACCUGCGCUCCAGCGCCUCCAGCUCCCAGAGGACGACCCCCGACGGGUCGGAGAGCAGCGCGCCGCUGGCGUCCUCCUGGAGGUUCAAGAGGGACCAGAGCCCGUCCUCCCCGCUGGGAGGCUGCACGCGCUCGGGCGAGGGCGGCGGCGCGACCGUCCUGGCCUCGGAGAUCAUCCAGCUCCGCAUGCAGCUGGAGGAGAAGCGGCGCGCCAUCGAGCACCAGAAGAAGAAGAUGGAGGUGCUGUCGGCGCGGCAGCGGCAGAAGCUGGGGAAAGCAGCCUUCCUGCACAUCGUGAAGAGAAGCGGAAAGAGCGACACGCUGCCCAACCCGCUCAAAGCCGACCUCUGUAAAGAGGUCAACAAGGCGGGGGGCCCGGCGAGUAAAGACGACACGUGCGUGGAUUCCCUGAGAGGGGAGAAGGAGAUGGAGACGGCCCCCCUCGGGACCCCGGAGAGAGAGGAAAAGAGAGGAAACGGCGGAAGCUUCCACCCCGAGGAAGACCUGGACCUGAACGAGUGCAGCCGCUCCAUCGAGCUGCUGAACGACGCCAUCGGCAGCAUCCAGCAGCAGAUGAUGCAGCUGUCGCUGCAGCAGGAGGUGCUGAUGAGGCAGAACGUGCAGGCCCCGCCCCUUCCGCCUAACGCCGCCCCGCCCACUCCCCACGCCGCCCCGCCCACUCCCCACGCCGCAGACAAGAAUGGAGACUUCAAGACGGGGACGAGCUUCCACAUCGUGGAGCAGCUCUCUGGUCCCGGCUCCGGCUCCGGCUCUACCAGGAAACCCCCCAAGCUGAGCUCGGGCCGCAGCUCCCGGUCCAAAGCAGCAGAGCAGAAGUCUAAGGAGCCGAGUCGGCAGGCCGGCAGGGCGGCCACGCCCACCCAGGGCCGGGCAGAGACGCUCCCGACCCCGAGGCAGCCGACCGGGGGCCGGUCCCCCCGGGCCGAGCAGCCGGAACCCCCCACGGACCGGCCGGGUUCCGGCCACGUCCGCAGCGCCACCUACCGCCUCCACGACGAGGCCAACAUGCGCCUGCCCACCCGAGUGGACCUGACGUCGCUGGCCGGCCCGGAGGAUUCCUCCGGCGAGUGCGUGUCCAGCACCGGGACGGAGCCGGAACCGGACUCGUCGGACUGCGAGCCGUCGGAGGAGCUGCAGCGCAGCAAGGCCCACCUGGUGGAGGUGGACCUGUCGGAGCUGCAGGCCCGGGAGGCGGAGCAGGACGGGGCCGCGGAGGGCGGGGACGGAGAGCAGAAGUCGGUGAUGGGCUUCUUCUUUAAGGAUGAGCAGAAAGCGGAGGACGAGCUUGCUAAGAAGAGGGAGGCGUUCCUGCUGAAGCAGCAGAGGAAGGCCGAGGAAGCCCGCGUCCGCAAACAGCAGCUGGAGGCCGAGUCGGAGCUGAAACGGGAUGAAACCCGGCGGAAGGCGGAGGAGGAUCGCGUGCGUAAGGAGGAGGAGAAGACGCGGCGGGAGCUGAUCAAGCAGGAGUACCUGCGGAGGAAGCAGCAGGAGAUGCUUGAGGAGCAGGGCCUGGUGAGGCCCAAAACUCCCAAAACCCCCAAACCCAAGCAGAAGCACAAGCACAAGUGUGUUCUCAGGGAAGAGUCCUCCAGCGACACCUUCUCCAAGUGCUCUUCCACACCCGAAAGCCUGAGCAACACCCAGUCGGGCUCCAGUCUGUCCCUGGCCUCGGCCGCCACCACCGAGGCCGACAGCGUCCACUCGGGCGGCGCCGGCUCCCAGCGCUGCGACUCCGUGGAGUCGUUUCCCGGCACGAGGAACAACAGUCGGACUGCAGAGAGAGACUGGGACAACGGCUCCACCGCCUCCUCCGUCACGUCCAUGGCUGAAUACACAGGUCCCAAACUCUUCAAGGAGCCCAGUGCCAAGUCCAACAAGCCCAUCAUCCACAACGCGAUCUCACACUGCUGCCUGGCAGGAAAAGUCAACGAGCCCCAGAAGAACCAGAUCCUGGAGGAACUGGAGAAGUGCGAGUCCAACCACCUGAUGAUCCUGUUUCGUGACGGCGGCUGCCAGUUCCGGGCGCUCUACUCCUACUUCCCCGACACCGAGGAGAUCCAGAAGCUGACGGGAACCGGGCCCAAGAGCAUCAGCAAGAAGAUGAUCGACAAGCUGUACAAGUACAGCUCGGACCGGAAGCAGUUCACCGUCAUCCCCGCCAAGACGGUGUCGGUCAGCGUGGACGCCCUGACCAUCCACAACCACCUGUGGCAGGCCAAGAGAGGCGGCGCGCCAAAGAAGGCCGGGAAGUAGCGGCGAGGCCGGAGCCGCGGCCGUCCACGCCGUCUUCUCUCCAUCCUGCUUGUUUCUGAAUCGGACUCGCCGAGGCUCGCCGACGAGCUGGGCCUGGAAAUCUGCUGUCUGGGAACACCGGGACACCCGUGGGUGGACCAGGGCGAGGGAAAGGUGUGAGUGAGUGAGUGUAUGUGUGUGAGUGUGUGUCACAGGUGAUCUGAAGACGUUCUGGUGCUUGCAAAACAAAAAGAGGAAUGCUGGCUGAUCAGCUUUUUCUUCCGUUGAUGUCCAUGAGAUUAGUUGAGGUUCAUGUUAUGUCGACUACUUUCCCCCCCCGAGGAGCAUGUGGCGUUUCCUCUCGUAGUGGAUGUUAGUUUUAUAUGAAGUAUUUAUUAGUUCAGCACUGUGGCGGCUGCAGCGUGGAGACGCUCCCUCCCCUCUGGGUGAGUCUGGACCUGGAUCAGGGAGGGAGUUUUGUACGACCCGUCAGGACACCGGAUCACCCCCCCAACCCCCCAA